AGGAAAUUAUACCCACCUAUUAAGAGACAGAAAGACUGCAGUCUGGGGAGCUUCGCCCUUCAGGACAGAUAAUCUUCAUAGAAAACACAUUAAUAGCCUCUGUUUGGAAUUUGGAUGAAAUUGUUUGCCAAAAGCUUUCAAAUCAUGAUGUUCUUGUACGUGAACAUCUUGAUACUGUUCGUCCAGGAGAUCGCUCUGUCAAGCAUCCCGACCACAUCACCAAGAGGAUGUCCCACCUGCACAGAAAAGUCUGUCGACUUGAUCGUGCCGUCUUUGGCUCCCGGAGAGCCGUGUGGCGUCUACACGCUGAGCUGUGCCCCGGGUCUGCGCUGUGAACCUCCAAAGGAUGAGCUGAGGCCCCUGCGUGCCCUGCUGGAGGGCAGAGGCGUCUGCUGCAGUGUCAGCACCACCGCACCGACUACACGGCUCUACACUCGAGGUAAGGUUUCCCAACCAUAUUUGGUGCUGACUGGGGAUCCAACUGAGGCUCCCUGUCGCAAAAUGCUCACCAAAGUCAUCAAAGGACUUGAUGCCCAUUUAUUUAAGUCCAAUCAUGAUAUCUACAUGCCCAACUGUGACAUAAAUGGUUUCUACAAAAAGAAGCAGUGCUGGUCCUCUCGGGGUAAGCAACGUGGAAAGUGUUGGUGCGUGGAUGAGAAUGGCUUCCCCGUCCCACCGAAGACUAAACAAAAGGGGAAUUUGAUCUGCUGAGGAGCAUGAAAGAGGACACAGAUGAAGGAACAUUGAACUAAAUAAACCGAACACCCUGUUUCACGUGUUACAUUUCCAUCAGAUGGAAACAGAUCUUCAUCCCAGAGGAGUUGCUUUACGGGGAGAUCAAACUUUGUCUCAGUACGCCCUCUGCUGAACACACUCAGACUGAUCAUUUGACUCUUCCACUUUUGCCUGUAUUGUAUAUUGUUAUUAGAACUAUGCAUC